UAAUGUGUGAUGUGUUGAUCCCAUAGCUCUUUGAUCACAUUGCGAGCUGUAUCUCAGCCUUUAUGACCCAACGAAAGGUGAUUCAGUAUCGGAUUCCUCUGGGCUUCACAUUCAGCUUCCCGUGCAAACAGGAAGGACUCACUUCUGCCCGACUCACCCAAUGGACUAAAGGUUUCAAGUGCUCCGGGGUUGAGGGCGAGGAUGUUGUCCAACUGCUCAGGGAUGCCAUCGACAAACGACCCGACAUAGACGUGGAUGUGAUGGCUAUUGUCAACGACACAACCGGCACAUUGAUGUCGUGUGCGUUAAAGAACAGGGAGUGUAGGGUCGGCCUUAUUAUCGGU